AUGUGCCAAGUGGAGUUCGAGCUGGCGCGCGCGGCCCUCAAGCAGCUGAAGGGUCCCGUGAGCGAUCAGGAGAAGCUGCUGGUCUACGGCUUGUACAAACAGGCCACCCAGGGCGACUGCGACAUCCCCGCCCCUCCGGCCUCAGACGUGAAAGCCACGGCCAAGUGGGAGGCUUGGAGCGCGAACAAAGGGACGUCCAAGAUGGACGCCAUGAGGAGCUACGCGGCCAAAGUGGAGGAGCUGACGAAGAAGGAAGUGGGGGGCAUGGAGCGCCAACAAAGGGGCGUCCAAGAUGGACGCCAUAAGGGGCUACGCGUCCAGAGCGAGGAGCUGAGGAAGGAGGAGGCUGGCUGAGGGCUCCUCGGGAAUGGAAAGGGCUUGUUAGACCUUGAUGGCUGAAAUGUCCUGAAACUGUCGCAAGCUUAGCCGAGACAUCAAUAAAUCACUUAAACUGCAUGACAGUAACCGCUGCUGUUGGAAAGGAGAAACUCGGUGACCGAGUGCUGGGGAGGCGUCCAAAUACACAGACUUGCUUUUUGUAUGGUUUUGGGUGCAGUUCCCGCCCUCCUAUUACAAGAGCGUAUGUAGGUAUUCGGCCGGAGAGAGGGGGACAGUGUGCUGUGGAAAUGCCCAAGAUCUGAGGGCAGGAGACCAUUCUCCACUGACAGCCUCUUGGGAGGCUGAGGCCCCAGCCCCUUAUCUCUUCAAGGCUGAUUCACUAAUACCCCAGCACCACAGAGGGGAGAGGGACUCUGUCCUCCUAAAGUCAAGUCCAAAAGCCCCCGCUGGAACACAGGGCCUACCGAGUUCAUGUUUUGAGGGAGACCAAGCUUUCCGUGAUGAUAAUGCGGUGAAACAAUUGAUGCGUCAGAACACAGCAGUUGAGAAACAAUGGAGCAGAUGGUGUCAAAAUCCCAGCCCCAGAAAGGCUCACCUAAGGCCGGGCAACCAAAAUGUUCUAGGGACUAUUCUGUACUUAACCCUGGUUUCUGCUUAGGGGAUGUUGGUGGGACAAUAUGCAUAUGGAUGUCUAUGUGGGAUUUGUUGCAAGGGCACAACACACUCCUUGACCUAUGCAAGUGCCAGAGUGUCUGAGCCCAGCUUCUACUCCUGUUAAUUAUCACGGGGGCCUCAAUGCACAACCAUUGUGCAUGGUGGCUGGAGUAUGGAGUGGUAAAUGGUAUCGAGAGAGGCAGGUCUACAGUGGCAUAUGGGAUUUCCUGGUACUUCUUCCUUAAUAGAAACUGUUUUCACAGAUCAUGACAUCAGGUCAGCUCCAGUUCUCGCCGGGACCAAUAAACAAUAGAAGCAACAACCAUAAAGACUUCAGAGGACAAAGGAAACCAAACCUCACUGUCUUCAAGAUCUAUUCACAUAGUUGCAGGAAGUUGCUCUAGACAAAGUACAUUACUAAAGAAUGAAGCCCACCCAGGACAUCACAGUGACGAAAGAACCAUUUCUGGUAACUGGACCAGGCGAGAGCCACACUGUAGGACAGCAGUGCUGCCCUCUCUUCUUUGGCGAAUGUUACGAAGACAUUCUGAUGCACUUAGGAUCAUGAUUCAUGUUAAAUGUAAAUUAAUAGUAAAAAUAAUACACCUUGCUCCAAAAUGUGACAAUUUAGAAGCUGUCUAUAUAGCCAGACCACUCUAAAUCACAGAACCUAGAAAAUAAAAAUGUGCCAUAAUUAGGACAGCAGAAAGUAACAGUCAGAUAGAUAGUUUUUUUUUUUUUUUUUUUUUGAGACGGAGUCUUGCUCUGUCACCCAGGCUGGAGUGCAGUGGCGCAAUCUCGACUCACUGCAAGCUCCGCCUCCCGGGUUCACGCCAUUCUCCUGCCUCAGCCUCUCCGAGUAGCUGGGACUACAGGCGCCCGCCACCACACCCAGCUAAUUUUUUCUAUUUUUUUUUUUUAGUAGAGACGGGGUUUCACCGUGGUCUCGAUCUCCUGACCUCGUGAUCCGCCCGCCUCGGCCUCCCAAAGUGCUGGGAUUACAAGCGUGAGCCACCGCGCCCGGCCGAUAAAGUUUUAAAAAAGAGAAAAUAAGGAUUUAUCUAUUUGUAUUUGCUUACGAAGGGGUUACCCAUAGGACGCAGGGGGAAUGGGAUUGAUGGGCAUGGGGUAUACUGUGAAAGGAAAAUAAAAUCUUGGAACCAAAUUCACUAAGCCAAAGGGAAGAGUUAAGCUUGGAGAUUGAGUCAUGGAACAUGCAAAAAACUUUUCCUUUUGUUCCUAAACAGAAAAGCUACAAGACAGAAGGCCACAUAUCUCCCCAGGUGGUCUCCCUCACCUGACAAUAUAAAUUAACAGCUUAUCUUCAUAGGUAAGGGACAAAGACAACACCACAAACCAUCCCUCACCAGCCCUGAGACAAAAUGUAGAUGUACUGAGCUGAAUGCAUAACUGUUCCUCUGCCUGCUGCUUUCACUGUAAGAUGUAGAUUUGGUGAGUGCUAAAUAUAGAUUUACUGACCUGAAUGCA